GAAACCCAGACUCUCCGAGAUUUUCAGAGGAAGCGACCAGACACAUCUCCGAAGUUCAUACGGAGCCUGUCGAUGGGGGUUGAAACGUGAACAUGGACUCUAAAAAUCCGAGUGAGAAAAGCGUAGCGAGUCCCCCAAAGAGAGGGAGAAAGAAAGACGCCUUCGAUCGGUGUAUGAGGUGUCGCGGAAGCUCGCCGGAUUUCGAGCGCCGGACUCGCGGAGAAAGAGGGCGGAGACGGUGUCUACAUUGAGUCCAUGGCAGGUUGAUUCUUUAUGCUUCUGUCAGUUGAUAUUGUGAAGUCAGUGUGAACGGAUGUGAAGUUAAUGAGCUCUCAGAGAGUUAACAAAAAAGCUUGAUGGAUACCCGAAAUCUCGUCCAUGAGUUGGCAACGGUCAACCACGUUUAGUGACUCGCCAAAGAUUCUUCAAGAGUAAUUUUGCGUUCAAAAUCAUACGUGAACAAUGUUGAAGCACUGCCAAGCCACGGCCAAUGACCACACAAGACGAUCUCGUCGAAGACUCGGUGACAAUACCUCCUUGAACAGUUCAGGAUCGGCCUCGUUUAAUUCCAGUUUCGGGAGUGACUCUCUUCCACCGGAACAUUCUUAUAGUGACUCUAGACGAUCGUCGUUCUCAAGCCCAGAGCCCAUCUCACUGAUCUCACGAACCUCGAGCUUUGCCAGCUUAAGUUUGGAAUCCGCGGGAGGAGGUCCGAGGACACCUAUCAAAAUCUUUGCCAAGUGUCUUCGUUCCGACAUCGAGUACAAGACAUUGAGCGUUGGUUUUCACACCAACUGCAAAGAGCUCGUUUGGCUCUUACUUGCCAAGUACAAGAUGAAGAAUCGCGAUCCGAAUCUGUUCUAUCUCACCAUGGACAUCAAUAUCAAACGCACUGGAAUUCCCCUCCAACGAACAAUCACCCUCGACGAUGAAGCUCGUCCGGCUGAGUUGAAGUCAUGCCAUCCUUGGGGCGAGUGCAAGUUCACGCUCCAGAUGCGGAAGGGUGGUCUGGUGCGGAUUCAUGAUAGCAUCCUAAUGGCCGAAUCCAAGUACAAAUGCCUCCUAAUUGCCGAACAUACAACUGUGGCCGAGGUCAUUCGGAUCCUAUUCCAUUGCUACAACCUCGAGCGAAUCGAACAGGUCGAGCGGUUUUGUCUCGUCGAGCAAUGCCAAAGCCAGUCCUAUGAGAGGCUGCUCCAUCCUCAGGAUCGUCCGGCUCAGGUUCAAUCCCUGUGGCCGAGUCCCACUCAGUUCAUGUUUGUUUUGAAAAGGAGUCAACCAGGGAACGCGGGCCUUACAGUUAAAUCCAACCUGCCACAUCCGGCAACCAUUGCCAGUCAUUGCCAUCAAAGAUUUCCGCUUGACACAGAUCGGAGAGAACAAUCGCCUUCAUCCUCCUCUAACGUUGCCACAGCAGCAGUUGUCGUCAACAACAAUAACAUGACUUCCAAUAGUGCUGGUGUUAGUCCGGUGGGUAGUGACACUUCUAGUACGACAUCCACUUCACCCAGUUUGAAUGGGUCCGCCUACUCCACGCCUAGACUGCUGAUCCGGAAUAGAUUUGCUAAUCCCAUGGGUCCAAGUGGAAGUGCCUCUUUGAUUCUGCCGCCAAAAAUGAACUUGGCUUCCAUCCACGAAUCAGGCUUGCCAUCGCCGCCCAUAAUUCGGCCAAAGCCCACUCCAGCAAGUGUGGGCUUGCUCUUUUCUGGGAGCCGAGCAUCCUUAGGAUCCUUGAGUAGUGGGAGCCGAUCUUCAAAUGCGUCUUAUCACGAUUACGAAAACUAUUUCUAUAUCUAAAGUGAUGGAUGGAGAGGCACUGACCUCAUUUGUUGACAACUAGUCCUUGUCCCCUGCCCCCCUCCCCCAAAAAGCCAAUCCUUUAAGUUUCAUAGACCUCGAACCUACGUUUCUGAUUUAAAGUUUGUUGAGGCAAGCCAGUGCUCUUGUGCUGCUGUGUGUUUCUAAUCCUCUCCCAUAUCUCUCUUCUGUGAUACUCGUUGUUUUAAUCUUGGAAUAUUUAACCAAAAAAUCGUUUCUCAUCACCAACAUAUCGUACAACCCCUCGGAAUAAAUUAUUUGAUCUACUGA